CGGAAGUAGCUUGCUCAUCAGACAGUUUCAAAGAUGGCUCUUGCUAGUGUGUUGAACAGUGAUUGUGCGAAUUUUUCAUUUGAUAAUUGUCAACCAAAUGGCUUUGGUUGUGGACAGAGCAGUCUGGGAUUUGACGCUACGCCGGGAGACGGUCUUAGUUUUUCCGUCAAAAACCCGCUGUGUGCCGUGGACCAGGAUGACGUCGAAAGGAAAAUAGAGUUCCUGCACGGGACCACCACCUUAGCAUUCAAAUUCCAGCAUGGUGUUAUUGUAGCGGUGGACUCCAGGGCCACAGCAGGCUCCUACAUUGCCUCGCAGACAGUAAAGAAGGUGAUUGAGAUCAACCCCUACCUGCUGGGUACCAUGGCUGGAGGAGCUGCAGAUUGUAGCUUCUGGGAGCGCCUGCUGGCUCGCCAGUGCCGCAUCUACGAACUCCGCAACAAGGAGCGCAUCUCAGUGGCAGCAGCCUCCAAACUGCUUGCAAACAUGGUGUACCAGUACAAGGGCAUGGGACUCAGCAUGGGAACCAUGGUGUGUGGCUGGGACAAGAGAGGGCCAGGGCUGUACUAUGUCGACUCAGAGGGGAACCGUGUGUGUGGCGAUCUGUUCGCCGUUGGCUCAGGCUCCAUGUAUGCCUACGGUGUGAUGGACAGUGGCCUGCGGCAGGACCUGACUGUGGAGGAGGCCUGCGAGCUAGGCCGCCGCGCCAUCUACCAGGCCACGUACCGUGACGCCUACAGUGGAGGGCAGGUCAACCUAUAUCACGUCCACAGCGAGGGGUGGACCAGGGUCUCCCAGGAAGACGUCCUCAUGCUGCACCAGCAGUACAGAGAUCAGGCAUAAGAUCUAGAGCACAGAGUGAACCAGGAGGUGGGGCGUGAAUAGGGAGGGUUAGGAGUUUAUUCUCGUAUCUAAUGUUAAGAUGUUCUGAAAUGUCAGUAGAGUUGACACAUGAAUAAAAAGGACUCAUCUGCCGAUUGACUUCCACUUGCAUUAGUUCUGUUACUCAUUUUGACAUGUUGCUAACUUAAAGCUUCAUAUUGUACAUUUUUAACAAUGCCAGCUCCACUCACCCCACACAGAGUAUGAUUUGAGGGGCUGCAGAGACAGGGCUGAUGACUCAAAUGUGCUUUAAUACAGUGUGGGUGUAGUGUGGUGCUUGCCCUACAUACGUUUCAUUUGGAUCAUACAUUGGGAAACUACAUCAUCUUUCUCAAUAAAACCUGUGAUGUUCUUUUUUCAA